CCCUCCCCAGGCCUUUUCCCCCCCAGCAGCGGGCUGGGGCUGAGCAGACAGACCGGGAGCUCUCGAGGUGUCUGGAGACCAGGCGAGCCCCGGACCCAAGAGGCCCCAGGAGCUGAAGGUGACCCUGAGGCAGCAAGACCCCAGAGGAAGGGCACGAGCCCAGCGGACAACUUCGCAGCACCCCGGCUGGGCAUCUGUUAAGAGAGGGUGCUUGCGCCCAGGCAGCGGCUCCGAGGCAGCUGCUCCAUGCGGAACUAAAGCUGUUCCUGCAGCAGAAGGAAGAGAGGAAGCAGGAGUCUGGAGCCCAGGUGAGCCCCAGCAGCGCCAUGGAGGCCAGGAGUCGCAGUGCUGAGGAGCUGAGGCGGACGGAGCUGGUGGAGAUCAUCGUGGAGACUGAGGCGCACACGGGAGUCAGCGGCAUCAACGUGGCGGGCGGCGGCAAGGAGGGGAUCUUCGUGCGCGAGCUGCGCGAGGACUCGCCGGCCGCCCGCAGCCUCAGCCUGCAGGAAGGGGACCAGCUGCUGAGCGCCCGCGUUUUCUUCGAGAACUUCAAGUACGAGGACGCAUUACGUCUGCUGCAAUGCGCCGAGCCUUACAAAGUCUCCUUCUGCCUAAAGCGCACUGUGCCCACCGGGGACCUGGCGCUGCGGCCUGGCACUGUGGCCGGCUACGAGAUCAAAGGCCCACGGGCCAAGGUGGCCAAGCUGAACAUCCAGAGUCUGUCCCCCGUGAAGAAGAAGAUGAUGAUGAUGCCUGGGGCCCUGGGGGCCCCUGCAGAGCUGUCCCCUGUUGACGUGGAAUUCUCCUUCCCCAAGUUCUCCCGUCUGCGUCGGGGCCUCAAAGCUGAGGUUGUCAAGGGUCCUGUCGCAGCUGCCCCCACCCGCCGGCGCCUCCAGCUGCCUCGGCUGCGAGUCCGAGAAGUGGCUGAAGAGGCUCAUAUAGCCCGGCUGGCGGCUGCCGCUCCUCCCCCCAGAAAGGCCAAGGCGGAGGCUGAAGCGGCAGCAGGCGCCCGCUUCAUAGCCCCCCAAGUGGAGCUGGUUGGGCCUCGGCUGCCAGGGGCUGAGGUGGGUGUCCCUCAGGUCUCAGCCCCCAAGGGUCCGGGAGAGGUGGCCGCAGCAGCCGAGGCAGCAGCUGGGGGCUUUGCCCUUCACUUGCCGACUCUGGGGCUGGGAGCCCCUGCUGCACCUGCUGUGGAGCCUACGGCCGGAGGGAUCCAGGUGCCCCAAGUGGAGCUGCCCACCUUGCCCUCUCUACCCACGUUGCCCACACUUCCCUGCCUGGAGUCCCGAGAAGGGGCCGCGACGGUGGUGGUGCCCACCCUGGAUGUGGCAGCGCCUGCCGUGGGAGUGGACCUGACCUUGCCGGGCAAAGAGCUAGAGGCCCGAGGAGAGGUGCCUGAGGUGGCCCUGAAGACAUCCCGCCUCAGUUUCCCUCUCUUUGGGGCUCGAGGAAAGGAAGUUGCUGAGGUCAAAGUGGCCAAGGGCAGCCCAGAGACCAGGGCAAAGGGGCCCAAACUCCGAAUGCCCACCUUCGGGCUUUCUCGCCUGGAGCCCCGCCCCACCGCCCCUGAGGCUGAGAGCAAGCUGAAACUGCCCAGCAUCAAGAUGCCCUCCUUUGGCAUUGGGGUCUCAGUGCCUGAGAUCAAGGUGCCCAAGGGGCCUGAGAUGAGGCUGCCCAAGGCCCCUGAUGUCAAGCUCCCGAAAAUGCCUGAGGCUGCCCUUCCAGAUGUGCAACUCCCAGAGGUGCAGCUGCCGAAAGUUCCAGAGAUGAAGCUCCCGAAGGUGCCCGAGAUGGCCGUGCCGGACAUGCAGCUCCCAGAGGUGCAGCUCCCCAAAGUUGCAGAAAUGAAGCUCCCCAAAGUGCCUGAGAUGGCCGUGCCAGACAUGCACCUCCCAGGGGUGCAGCUCCCCAAAGUUGCAGACAUGAAGCUUUCUGAGAUGAAGCUCCCGAAGGUGCCCGAGAUGGCUGUGCCAGACAUGCACCUCCCAGGGGUGCAGCUCCCCAAAGUUCCAGACAUGAAGCUCCCCAAACUCCCGGAGAUGGCUAUGCCAGACCUGCACCUCCCGGAAGUGCAGCUGCCGAAAGUGUCAGAGAUGAAGCUCCCGAAGAUGCCCGAGAUGGCCGUCCCGGACGUGCACCUCCCUGGGGUGCAGCUGCCGAAAGUUUCGGAGAUGAAAGUCCCCGACGUGAAACUCCCUGAGAUGAGGCUCCCGGAGAUAAAGCUCCCAAAGGUGCCUGAGAUGGCCGUCCCCGAUGUGCACCUCCCGGAAGUGCAGCUGCCGAAAGCUUCAGAGAUGCGGCUGCCGGAAAUGGAGGUUCCCAGUGUCCCAGAGGUUCACCUUCCGAAGGUAUCCGAGAUGAGGCUGCCCACGGCUCCAGAGGUGCAGCUAAAAGCUGCCAGGGCGGAACAGGCAGAGGGGAAGGAAUUUGGCUUCAAAAUGCCCAAGAUGACCAUGCCCAAGCUAGGGAGGGCAGGGUCCCCGUCGCGAGGCAAGCCAGGUGAGGCAGGUGCUGAGGUCUUGGGGAAGCUGGUGACGCUGCCCUGUCUGCAGCCAGAGGUGGGCAUCGAGGCUCGCGGGGGCGCCCCUUCUCUCACGCUGCCCUCUGUGGAGCUGGAUCUGCCGGGAGCCCUCAGCCUGGAGGGGCAGGUCCAAGCAGCUGAAGUGGGCAAGGUGGAGCGGGCAGAGGGGCCCCAGGUGGCAGCGGGGAUCGGGGAAGGGGCCUUCCGGAUGCCCUCUGUUGAGAUUGUCACCCCACAGCUGCCCACAGUGGAGGCUGGUGAGGGGCGGCUAGAGGUGACGGAGAUGAAAGUCAAGCCCUCCUCCAAGUUUUCCCUGCCCAAGUUUGGACUCUCAGGGCCAAAGGUGGCCAAAACAGAGACGGAGGGGGCUGGCCGGGCCUCCAAGCUGAAGGUUUCCAAGUUUGCCAUCUCGCGCCCCAAGGCUCGGGUGGGGACCGAGGCCGAGGCCAAAGGGGCAGGGGAGGCCGGGCUGUUACCUGCUCUUGACCUGUCCGUCCCGCAUCUCAGCCUGGAUGCCCAUCUGCCCUCGGGCAAGGUGGAAGUGGCAGGGGCCGAUGCCAAGCUCAAGGGGCCCAGGUUCACCCUGCCGAAGUUUGGCGUCAGAGGCCGGGACACGGAAGCAGGGGAUCUUGCGACAGGGGUGUCUGAGUUGGAGGGCAAAGGCUGGGGCUGGGACGGGAGGAUGAAGAUGCCCAAGCUGAAAAUGCCCUCCUUUGGGCUAGCUCGAGGGAAGGAAUCAGAAAUUCAGGGUGGACGGAUCAGCCCCGGGGAGAAGCCAGAGUCCACAGCUGGGCAGCUUAAGAUCCCAGAGGUGGAGCUGAUCACGCUGGGGGACCAGGAAGUAGGGGGGCGAGCUGGAGGGGUGGCCGCCAGCGGGGUGCCCUUAUCCGGCUUGCAAGCAUCCACAAGUACGGUGCCGGGCACUGAUGGCCAGCAGGGGGCGCCGAAGGUGCCUCCACUGGGCAUCUCCCUGCCCCAGGUAGAGCUGACUGGCUUUGGGGAGGUGGUCGCGGGUGCCACCUCCGGGCAGCGAGCUGAGAGUGCAGCCCCCUUAGCAGAGGCCACCUCAGGCUACAAGGUCCAGGUGUCUCAAGUGACCGCGCCUGCACCCGGGAAGCAGGGAGCAGGCGGUGAGCUGUUGGUGGGCGAGGGCAUCUUCAAGAUGCCCGCUGUGACGGUGCCGCAGCUUGAGCUGGACGCGCGGCUGGGAGGAGAGGCGAGGGCAGGGGAGGCAGCCGCCGGGGAUGGCGGGCCGGGGCUGAAGGUGCGCCCCCUGGAGGCCAGCGCGGGGGCUGCGGGAGACGCGCCAGGGGCCGAGCGCGCCUUCCACCUCUCGCUGCCGGACGUGGAGCUCUCACCGCCCGCAGUGGGCAGCCACGCCGAGUACCAGGUCACAGAGGGCGAGGGGGACGCCGGGCACAAGCUGAAGGUGCGGCUGCCGCGGUUUGGCCUGGUGCGGGCCAAGGAGGGGGGCGAGGAGGGAGAGAAAGCCAAGAGCCCGAGACUCAGGCUGCCGCGCGUGGGCUUCGGCCAGGGCGAGGCGGCCACCAGGGACGGCUCUCCCAGCCCCGAGGAGGAGGAGGAAGAGGCCGGCGGAGAAGGGAGCGCUGGCCGCCGCGGCCGAGGCCGGGUCCGCUUGCCCCGCGUGGGCCUGGCGUCCCCGUCCAAGGCCUCCCGGGGGCAGGAGGGCGAGGCGGCCUCCAAGUCCCCUGCAGGGGAGAAGUCACCCAAGUUCCGCUUCCCCCGGGUGUCCUUGAGUCCCAAGUCCAGGAGCAGGAGUGGGGACAAAGAAGAAGGUGGAUUCCGGGUUCGGCUGCCCAGCGUGGGGUUUUCAGAGUCAGGGGCUCCCGGCCCCACGAGGAUGGAGGGGGCCCAGGCCGCUGUCAUCUGAAGUCACAAGGAGACUCCCCACUGUCUUCGUGUCCUGCCUCCCCCUUGUUUUGUGUGUGAGAUAACUAGCACUAACCCGGGGGCGGGGGGUGGCCAGGAGGUGGACUACUGACCGGGGCAGGCUGCGGAGGCCUCACGCUAUCUCACUGGCGCCCGUAUCUUGCCAUGUGAAUAAAAUAAUCCAGAGGUU